UUUCGCUCCUAGGAGACGCGCUUGGCUCUUGGGCGCGGUGUGAAGGAUGGGCUCUCUGUCGGACACACAGGCGAAUGGCGACCGUCAGCCGCCGCCGGCGGAGGCGGAGGAUGCUGUGGCGCAGGUCGAGGAGGGAGAUACCGGCGAGAAGAUGGAGGGCGUCGCGUCCAUCGCGCUGCUGCCCUCUGGCGCCAUCUCCGGCCACUUCAUCCGCCUCCCGGACUCCGCCUGCUACGGCCUCCAGGGCACCCCGAUACCAUGCGAGAGGGAAUGUAGCCGAGGAGAUGAUUACCGCCUCAUAAAGCUCUCCAUCAUUAAUUUUAAGAGGAAAACAGAGAAGGUGGUUGUGGUGGAAUGCAGGGGACAUGAUGCUGCUCGGUUACAAAACAUUGACCAUUUGCAUGGAUGGGAAGAUGAUGUUGUUGGGUUGGUUCAAAAGAAACAUGGGAACAAGAAAGUCCUGGUCUCUUUCGAAUGCGAGACGCUAAAGGCCGAUAAAGCCGCCGAAGAACAUAUUAGCAAGUAUAUGCCAAAUCUUUGCGGACUGGAUGCAGUUGUAAACACGGGGAAGAUGAGCAUCUCUGGCAUCAACCUCGACGAGGACGAUGAACCAAGCGGCGACAGCUGAGAGCAUAAACACUUUGUCAGGUGCGACUUGUCAAUGCCGUCGACAAAGCAGGACUGUGUGUCGCUGUUACAACAGCAUGAGUUUUAUGCGACAGCGCUUGUGUUUCUGCACUGUGCGCUUUGUAGCAAGUCUCUCAAGGGAAUGUGUGUUGCCGUUGCUGCAUCUGCCAUGAUCCUGAUGAGGGAAUUAGGGCCAGUUCUUUUGCAGCUUAUUUGAGCUUAUUGUCAAAAUAAGCUAGAAGUGCAAAAGAACUCGUUUUUGAGAAGUCACUUGAGCUUAUUUUCA